AUGCAUCGUAUAAUACAGCAUGUCGGUAGGAGAUCUGGUGCAGGUCUGCCUGAAGCAAAUGGUCCUACAACUAGGCGAGCUGAUCGUCAGACUCUCAUGGUGUCUGCAACGGUGCCAUUUUCAGUGAUUAGGGCAGCUAGGAGUUGGGGGUGUGAUCCACUUCUUGUCCAAGCCAAAAAUGUUAUUCCACUUGAAUCUGUUGCUCCCCGUGCAUCUGUUAAUCUGUUAGGAUCUUCUUCUGAUUCCAAUCUAGGCACAAAUUUACAGACUCAAGCUCCAAUGAGCUUACCACCUUCUCUGAAACGCUAUUACUCUGUUACGAGGAUACAACACGAAGUGGAUACACUAAUAAAAUGUGUAUAUGCAGCUGACGCCAAAUGUGUGAUAGCUUUCAUGACCACUCCAAUCAACUAA